UGUAUUUCCUGCUUGCUGUUGCAACUCGAAGCGAUGGCAGAAGUGAAGGCUUCCCUGAUUUCUGGAGUUAUAGCGGUUUUCCUAAGUUCAGCGGUGCUUGCAUUUGUUGAGGACCUAGAUGACACUUUUAAAGACACCAGAGUGAACGACAUCUGGCUGGUUGAUUUCUACGCGCCGUGGUGCGGUUACUGUAAAAAGCUAGAGCCGGUAUGGUACGACGUGGGAGUGGAGCUGAAAAGCUCCGGGUCGCCGGUCCGUGUGGGAAAGAUGGACGCCACUGCGUACUCUGGAAUGGCGUCGGAGUUCGGCGUUCGCGGUUACCCCACGAUAAAACUGUUAAAGGGCGAUCUCGCCUAUAAUUACAAGGGGCCGAGGACAAAAGACGACAUCGUGGAGUUUGCCAACAGGGUGUCGGGACCGGCCGUCCGAGCGCUUCCCAGCAAGCAGAUGUUUGAGCACAUGUUGAAACGACACGACGUGCUGUUCGUGUACGUCGGCGGGGAGUCUCCCCUCAAAGAGAAGUACAACGACGUCGCCUCCGAGCUCAUCGUCUACACUUACUUCUUCUCGGCUUCAGAGGAAGUCUUGCCAGAGUCGGUAUCUUUGCCAGAACUUCCUGCGGUUGUAGUCUUUAAGGACGGAGCCUUCUUCACCUACGACGAGUACGAGGACGGCAGUUUGUCAUCGUGGGUGAACAAGGAGCGCUUCCAAGGGUACCUGCAGAUCGAUGGCUUCACGCUCUAUGAGCUCGGGGAAACAGGCAAAUUGGUGGCGAUUGCAGUCAUCGACGAGAAGGACCCCACAGAGAAGAGUGGCAGAUUAAAGAGCUUGAUUCAGAGGGUGGCGAAGGAGUACAGAGAACAUUUUAACAGAGACUUCCAGUUUGGCCACAUGGAUGGGAAUGACUACAUUAACAGCCUCAUUAUGGGCGAGGUGGCGGUGCCCUCUGUCGUCAUCCUCAACACAUCCAACGAGCAGUACUUCCUGCCCAGCGAGCCGACGGACACCCUGGAGCAGCUGGUCCAAUUCAUCAGCAGCGUUUUGAAAGGCUCUGCACAGGCAUAUGGAGGCGAUGGCAUCAUUCAGAGGAUCAAACGUGUGGCCUUUGAUGCCAGAUCCACCAUUAUGUCAGUGUUUCGCAGCUCUCCACUGCUGGGCUGCUUCCUGUUCGGCCUACCGCUGGGUGUAAUUAGCCUGAUGUGCUACGGCAUCUGCACAGCUGAGUCAGAUGACGGUUCGGAUGACAUAGAUGCGCUCAAGAGGGAGGGCCUGACUGACGAAGAGGAGGAAGAGGAGGAGGAGAGGCAACGCGCCGCUGAGCUGGAGGGCCCCGAAGAGGGAGAGAACGAGGAAGAGGACGCUGGAGAGAAGAAUCCUGGGGAGAAGAAAACAGAUUAACGCAGGGGCUCCACAUAGAGGAUGAUAGGCCUAGUCAAAUGCAGUGAAAUGAAACUCAAAGACAUAUCAAUGUAUUACUGUUCUGCUUUGGUUUUCAUCUCACUUCCCAUCAAAGCCCCUCUAGCACAGACUCUCCUAUCUACGAGUUGAGUGUAAGGUCAGCUGCUCAGUGAAGCCAUCGAAUCACGUUUAAAACUAACAGCCUUUCCAGUGACGGAGUGUAAACACGGGAUAAUAACUUUAUUUGUAUCGCACUUUUCAAAACAAAGUUACAACAAGAAGAAGUUACAAAGUUGCUUCACAGAGCGAUGGAAUAACGAAAGAUUAAUAAUGAAUAAAAACGUAGCGUAGAAACAUUAAGUUACAAUAAAUAUCACGAAACAAAAUCAACGAGAAAGACAGGAAGUAGAUUAUUAAACAUUAAAAAGUCGAGUACCUGUCGCCUCUAGUCACUAACCUCGACCAUGUUACGAGAAGAAGGGAUGGCUGUGAACCAAACAUACACACUUAUUUAUUAUGAUUCAACCAACCAGUGGUCUAUUCCAUGUGACGUGUGACCCUUUCUCUGACAUCGUUAGGUCGUUGUUUUGAAACCACUUUAACGCCCUCACUGUAUCUUCUUUUUAUUGUCACAUCCCGCUCUCUUCUGGUUUUUAUUUUAGUCUACUUUACUAUAAUAUCCUACAGUAGUAGAAACCGAUGACUCUUGCCUUCAAAUCGAAUAGAACAUAAAUACACUGAGAGAUUUUGUAUACCUCUGCCCCACCCAACCCAAAGUGUAGGCUCAUCAUGUAUAGUGAUUGAUGUGUGUAGAAAGCAUAGGGAAGUGCCCAAGAAGGAAAAUCUGCCAUAAAUGAAUUGUGCUUUUUUUUUUUUCUUUUCUUUUUUUUUCUAUUGUCCGAUAUUGCCUGAAAAAAUAUUUCCUCUUCUUUCUCUUUAGGGGUGCAAAGUGUCAAGACAGUCACGCAUUUCAACUUAUUUCUCACGCCAGCCACCUGUUAGUGUCCAUUUAUGGCGACAGCUGAUGGGGGGGGGAAAAAGCUGGAAUGGUAAUUGGUAUCAGUCUGUCUGGUACUGGAAUAUGGCAAAUGCACUUUUCUUUCUUAUUAUUUUUUUUUUUUUACCCAUUUCAACCCAACAUGACCAACCUGCGAAAGAUUCUUAUUUAUAGAUGGGUUGUACCUAUACAGCAGACUCCUAUAACAUGCAUCAGUAGCUCCUGCUGCUCUUAACAACUCAUAUUCCUCAGAUAGACUGACUCUGUCUGUUUCCAUAUUUCAGUCUGUCCUCCAUCACUGGUUUCUAUAUUGAAUUCAGUUGGCAGGUUGACGUUUACAUCCUGAUGCACUGAGACAUAUACUAAGCACACAAAAUAUUAGGACUGUCUUCCUACUCCUGAGUUCUGCCCCUUUUUUUGUUACAGUACCACUAUUGUCAGUCGGCUACAGGCUUAGAAAUCCUUCCCUAUCCUAUUUUCAUACCCUCGUGACCAAAGUGUAUGUAAUAGCAGAAAUCAAGUAAGGGUUAUUGCUUUCUCUUCAAUUUACCUGGCCGCUUAUUUCAUGAAAAAAAAGAAAAAGAAAAAAGUGUUCCUAAUAUCUGCUACAGCGAGCUUGAUACCAUUUUGAUGAAAAACGCACAGUUGGAUUUGGGGCCAGUGGUGCUUCAGUGGCAGCUCCGGCAACUUAAAGCACCUGAAAACAUGUUUUUAUUAUCUUUAUAGUCUAAUGUGUAAAAUUAAAUAUCUUGUGUUAAAUUAUCAGAUUUGAUUGACAUUGGCAUUUCCGUAGCAACGAAAGCCAAUUUCCCAACAGCCGUGGUUAGAUUUUGCCCUUGAUUGGUGCAUGGGAAUACUUGAUAUUGCCUUUUUUUUCCAUCAAUACGAACUGUUGAGAGGAGCACUGUCCAAACACUGAUUUAAUUUAAAGCAAUUGUGGGAAAUACGCUUAUUCACUUGCUGAGAAUUAGAUGAUAAAGUUAAUGCCACUCUCAUGUCUGCAUGGCAAAUAAGAAGCCAGUUUCCUCUUUAGUUUUUGUACAGAUUAAAGGAGCUAUUGUACGUUCUGCUAUCGCUACCAAAGCUAGCAUUAGCAUUAACAGCUGUUUACUUAUCGGUCUAGGAGAAACGUUGCAAGUUCAGUGUCAAAUUUCAUUCCUUUAUUCACCUCUAGCGGUGGAAAGCAACGCCAAUGUCAUCUCUUGUUUAGCUUCUAGUUUGAUCGCUUCUUCUGCUGAAGUUGGCAUGCUAACCAGCUAGCCCCGUGCCAUCUCAUCACUUUCCGAUACCGAGUCACUGUGGCAUCCCGUCUGCCCUGAAGAAGAAGCGCUGCUCAGAGGGCGUUUUAUACGCUCUUGUAUUGUUAACGCAAUGAUGACUGAAGCUCUCGGCAAGUGACCAUCAGCUGAUUGGCUGCUCGCUCUAGUUUCAUGAAAACUGCAGACAUGAGAGUGGUGGCGAUCUUCCAUAUAUUUAAUGUACAGAGCUCCGAAGUUAAGUAUACGCUUGAAAAGAGUAAAAGAGGAUAUGUAUCAAGGGAACUAUCAAUACAUGGUGAUGAAUGAGCGUCAAAGUUCAUUCUUGACCUUGGGAACAGUUAACAGAGUAAUCCUGACUCAAGAGGUUGACUUCUUAGCUUUUUCCUGAGCUUUCAACCACACGUCAAGUAGUGACAGCUGAGCAGACGACUAAGCAGACCUCGAGUUAAGAUAAUUUUCAAAUGGUUAUGAAUGUUUUGAGCUGUUUAUUAUAUAUUUGAGUAAAAGCAAUCCCUAAUCCUUACCCCAGUUCUAUAACCUUUUUACAAAGUGUAGCCGAGGAAUAAGAUGGUUUCAGGUUUCGUUUUUCAUUGUUACUCAUUUCAUUGUGCUUUUGCAGCUCGGUAUAUCUUGUAUCUUGAUUGACUUAGGCACCUCAACCUAAGCACACCUGUUUUUUUUUUUUGUUUUGUUUUUUUUUAUAUAUACAGAGGUUAUCUGUAUUAUUACUGUGAAACUGCACUAAAGGAAACCAUGCCCUCGUCUUGCCUUCUGGUCUUUGUAGUUGCCUAUCAUUCUCUGCCAAACUUCCUCUUUGGGUUUGAAUUGAGAGUGUCACACUUUAUUACAGGUUUGAAAGAUUGAAAUAAAGAUUGUCCUCUUUUUUUCUUGUU